AUGAAGGAGGUUUAUGACAUUCUAGGCCUAUCUAAGUCAAGGACCACACCGUACCAUCCAAUGGGAAAUGGCAUGACAGAAAGGUUUAACCGGACACUGCUUGACAUGCUUGGUACUCUGCAGCCAAGUCAGAAGAAGGAUUGGAAAUCACACGUGAGACCAUUAGUCCAUGCCUACAAUGCUACCAGGCACGAGUCGACUGGCUACACUCCUUUCUACUUGAUGUAUGGAAGAGAGCCUCGCCUACCUAUUGAUCUUGCAUUUGGAAUCGAAACGAACCGGGACAAGCACACUCUAACAUCUUAUGCUGAAGCCCUUAGACAGCGACUAGAACAGUCUUACAAGAUUGCUUCUAAAGCAUCAAGAACAGCCCAAGGUCAACAGAAAGCAGGCUAUGAUUUGAAGAUCAGAGGUGCUAUUGUGCAACCCGGAGAGAGAGUCCUUGUCAAGAUUCUAGCCUUUGAAGGCAAGCAUAAGCUUUCGGACAAAUGGGAGGAGGACCCUUACAUCGUUACUUCUCAGCCAAACAUGGGCAUUCCAGUGUUUGUUGUGCAGAAGGAAAACGGAGAAGGCAGAACACGUACUCUGCACAGGAAUCACCUCCUUCCCAUAGGAUCUUUGCCAAGGACAGCUGAGCCAGACAAGCCAGCCAGACCAAUUCCAACUCCGAGACCACGUCGCAGGAAAGGACAAACAUUGCCAGCCAAGGAGACAACAGAAGUGUCGGACCAGGAGGAAAUCAAGUCGGUUAGUAUAGAGAGCUUGACAGCUGGAGUACCCAUAGUGACUGAUGACAUCACAAUCAUCAGUGAAGAGUCUAUAGAAGAUGGCGCUAUCUCACAGUCUGAAGGUGACGACCCGACGACUGGAGGGGUAGACAGUGCAUCUUCUGAUGGUGACGGCCAUACACUGCAGGACAGUGAUCCCCUCAGUACAGAAGUUGAUGCUGGAGAUGUAAGAACUGAAGAACAGGAUCAGGAACCAGACUUACCUAGAAGAGCUCCCACCUCUUUGACACCUGAUGUCCGACCAAAAUCAAAACCACCACCAAGAACCUCUACCCGACAGAGAAGACCACCGGAAUGGCAGCGCUCAGGGGACUAUGUCAUGAACCAGGCUACUGCAGAGGAUUGGAGACGAAAGGCCAAACUCCUAGAGCAACUGGCAGAGGUUGGAGUCUUCCAGCAACUUGGUGGAGCCAUGUCACAGAUGAUAGUUUCCCUACUGGAUAAACCCGGCAAAUGA